AUGCUCGGGACAUCAUACAGCCUGGACACCCCAUCCCUCUCCUCCCUUCUCGAAGACUGCAUCUCAAGCAACUAUGACCUUGGCACUGCAUACGGCCGUCUCCGCACGGUAUGGAACACAGAUAACCAUAGCACCAUCCAAGAUGAACUGUGCAGACGUGAAGAGAAUGACCGGGAGGAGCGACGAAAAGCACUGGUAGGUAACCGUAUUGUCUACCCGUGGUUGCAACCUCGGUUUGUCUGGGAUCUGUACAGCAAUCGGGUGGUGCCAAGGUGGAUCGCCGACUCGGACAAACCUCCUCAGCCAAUAUCACAUGCAUGGAUGGAUGAGAAAGAUCGCAUCAAUGUGUGGACGCCUAUCAACGAGAGGGAAUGGCCUGUACCUAUCCCGAAGGAUGUCAACCUCAACUUGGUCAGGAUCGAGAUGUUGAAUCUGGGAGUAGAGUAUACGUGGCUGGAUGUCCUCUGUCUGAGACAGGAGGGCGGACUGAAGGAGGAUCUGCGUGCGGAGGAGUGGAGGCUGGACGUGCCUACAAUCGGAUCCGUGUACGAAUCAGCUGAUCAGGUGGUAAUCUACCUGAGUGGGCUAGGGAAGCCUUUGAGUUUGAAGGCGGGCGACUUCGAUAGCGAUCGAUGUUGGUUUAGGCGCGCAUGGACACUGCAGGAGAUCGGGAUGUGGAACAGGAUCAUUGCUGGGGAUACACCGGAUGGACCGAUGUAUGCUGAACCAAUAGACGAGGAUGGAAACUACAAGACUGAGAUACUGACAAUAUUUCACAGACAACUGGAGGCUGUGAAGAGUGUCCGAGGGCUGUUUGGUGCGCUGGAGAACAUGCGGAAUCGAGUCUCAACCAAUCCUGUGGACAAAGUCGCAGGACUGGCAUUCCCUCUGCGGCCCACCACAAUACCAGCAUACCAUGAAAGCGAGUCUCUCGAGGAUGCAUGGACAGCACUGGUGAAUGCAAUGCACCCUUGGAUGCGGGUGUACUUUCUCUUCUUGUAUCCUGACAUAGGAAGAGGGUGCAAGAAAUGGAGACCGACAUGGGAGCAGGUAAUGACAGGGCCUCUGCCAGCAAAUGCUGACUGGCUCGGGUCUGUUGAUCAUGAUGACAGUACACAUGUCGAUUGGUAUGAAGGGCCUUGCAUUGAAAAGGGGCUUGUGCAGGGAUUGGAUGUAGGAUCAGAAGGGGGUGAUCGAUACGGAGAGUUAGUUGUUGACGGCGUAGACGGAAUGGCGCACACAUUCAAGAUCCUUGUCACUCACCAAUUCCCGAUACCCAAAGACACGUACGCAAUGCUUGGUACUCAUGCACAAGAUUACGGUAACACAAUAAGAGACCCGCAAUAUUGGGCUAUUGGGCGACGACUGCCAGAGGAGAGAUUUGAGAAAGCAUCGGUAUUCAUAAUGAAUGACCUACAGGAAGUGAAGAGGCUGCCAAGGACUUGGAAGUUGUUGUGGAGUCUCGUAAUAUUCUUGUUUAAUGUAUAUAUUAAAGGAACUACUUACUCAUUUUUGAGAACAACUGACCCUGGCCUACAAUAUGCGUAG